AUGCGUGCCUCCUUCAUCGUCGCCUCUCUCUCGGCCCUGGCCAUGGGUGCCAUCGCCGCUGACUCCUCCAGCUCUACCGAGGGUAACCCUGCCACCAAGUACCUGACCGAGACCAACUCCCUCGGUGUGGUCACCGGCCAGCCUGAUGCCGUCACCUCUCAGCCCGCUGCCGUGACUACCCAGCCCGCCGUUGUGACCUCCCAGCAGCCUGCUGCCUCCAUCCCCGCUGGCCUGACCUCCCCCGUGGUCACUCCCGUCACCAACAGCGCCUCUUCCAGCGGCAGUGCUUCCACCUCUACCUCCAAGAGUGGCUUCACCUCCUCUACCAAGUCCUCUGGCACCUCCACCGAGACCAGCACCUCCACCAAGACUGGCUCGUCUUCCUCUUCUUCCAGCGGCUCCUCCUCCAGCACUGCCUCUAGCUCUUCCUCCACCGGUGGUGCUGCCAUGGCCACCGCUGGCCCCAUGGGUCUGGCCGGUCUGGCUGCCCUGGCUGCUUUCGCUCUGUGA